AUGCAUCUAUACCGGGUUGAAUUACGCGUUGCCGUAAUGGGUUUUGCUUCUUCUGCCAGAUUUAGAUCCAUCUUUGAUUCUUUGUAUGUGUAUGCAUGUGGUGUCAUGUGUGUUAAUAUGCUGAUGGGUAGUACUGUGUUCAAGAUAUUGGUGAGUUCUGUUAUAUACAGUAGAAUUUGUGAUGGACUUGGUCUUUUGAGCUCUGGAACACCGAAUAUGGAGUCCAACGGUCAUGCAAGAGUAAAGAGAAAUGAUAUCAUUAAAGAAAAUGGUAGUUCUCAUUUGUCAAAUGUAGAGGAUGAACAUGAUCCAUGGACAGCAUGGGCAUACAAGCCUCGCACCAUCACAUUGUUACUUAUUGGUGCUUGCUUUCUUAUUUGGGCAAGUGGAGCACUUGAUCCAGAAAGAGACGCAUCUGGUGAUCUUGUUACUUCUGUUAAAAGGGGUGUAUGGGCAAUGAUUGCUGUUUUUCUUGCUUAUUGCCUGCUGCAAGCUCCUUCUACGGUUCUUAUUCGUCCACAUCCUGCAAUUUGGCGCUUGGUUCAUGGGAUGGCUGUCGUUUAUCUUGUUGCCCUCACAUUUUUACUUUUUCAGAAGCGUGAUGAUGCUCGACAGUUUAUGAAGUUUCUUCAUCCUGACCUUGGUGUUGAACUUCCAGAAAGAUCUUAUGGCGCCGACUGUCGUAUAUAUCUGCCUGAAAACCCUUCAAGCAGGUUUAAGAAUGUUUAUGAGACACUUUUUGAUGAGUUUGUUCUAGCUCAUGUUAUUGGAUGGUGGGGUAAGGCAAUAUUGAUUCGCAAUCAGCCUCUUCUUUGGGUGUUGUCGAUUGGUUUUGAGUUGGUGGAGUUUACUUUUCGUCACAUGUUGCCAAAUUUCAACGAGUGCUGGUGGGACAGUAUUAUUCUUGACAUCUUGAUCUGCAAUUGGUUCGGAAUUUGGGCAGGAAUGCAUACUGUUAGAUACUUCGAUGGGAAAACAUACAAAUGGGUCGGUCUCAGCCAGCAGCCUAAUAUAAUUGGAAAAGUGAAACGAACAUUAGGUCAAUUCACACCGGCUCAGUGGGACAAAGACGAGUGGCAUCCACUGCUUGGUCCAUGGCGUUUCAUUCAAGUGCUUAGUCUUUGCAUUGUAUUUUUGACAGUAGAGCUCAACACAUUCUUUUUGAAGUUUUGUCUCUGGAUACCUCCUCGAAAUUCAGUUGUUAUAUAUAGGUUGAUUUUGUGGUGGCUACUUGCAAUUCCAACAAUUCGCGAGUACAAUUCAUACCUUCAAGACAGAAAGCCAGUGAAGAAGGUUGGAGCAUAUUGUUGGCUCUCUCUUGCCAUCUGCAUUGUGGAACUUCUGAUUUGCAUUAAGUUUGGACACGGGUUGUACCCUAAACCAAUGCCUAUAUGGCUGGUAGUAUUCUGGUCGAGUGUUGGAGUGAGCAUUGUUACAUUUUUGCUUUUGUGGUCUUGGCAAAUCCAUCGCAGUCUAGGGAACAAGAAGAGGCGAUAA